AUGUUUGUUAACUUGAUUCAAUACGUGUUAGUAACCCUUUCAUUGGGUCCAGUCUGUCUAGGUGCAGCACUUAAAGCUAGAUCAGAUAAAACAGUUGCGUUCAAUUUCGAAAAAUCUCAUGGCAAUGCUGAAGAUGAUGAUUUCUUUGAUAAUUAUGACAAUGAAUUAGAAUCCUCAUCUGGUGCUUAUUUCUUGACGGAGCGUUCAGAAACUCAACAUGGGCAAGGCAAACGUGAUACUGUCAGCGCUAAAAUCAAAAAUGAAAAGACCUAUUACUCAGUUGUACUUGAGUUAGGAUCCCAUAAACAAAAGAGCAAGAUUUUAAUUGAUACUGGUUCCAGUGACUUAUGGGUCGUUGAAUCUGAUGCAACAUGCAUUGAUGUGGAUUGCAAAAAAGCGGGCACCUAUUCACCACAAAAGUCGUCAACAUUUACUAAUUUGAGUCAACCAUUUUCCAUUUUGUAUGCUGAUGGAACCUCAGGUAAUGGGACAUUUGUUAAAGACACUGUGAAAAUUGGUAAUGCAUCGGUCAAGCAACAAGAGUUUGCUGUUGCUACUUCGUCAUCGUCUGAUGUUGGUGUUUUGGGUAUUGGGCUUACGUCUUUAGAGUCAACGGUGGAUAAUUCAACUUAUGAUAAUUUACCCAUUUCUAUGAAGAAACAAGGUUUCAUUGAUAAAGUUGCAUAUUCAAUAUUUUUGAAUAAGAGAACAAGUAAGUCGGGUACUGUUUUAUUUGGUGGAAUUGAUCAUGCCAAAUACUAUGGCAACUUGGUUGAAUUGCCAAUUACGUCAAAGACUGACAUAACAGUACCGUUUGAAGGAGUCACAUUCAAUAGCCAAGUCUUGAACAAUUACACCAAUGAAUUAUUGUUAGACAUAGGAUCCUCAUUUUCUUAUUUACCUAAAAACAUAAUCGAAGGUAUUGCAGAAGACUUGAAUGGAACCUUUUCGGAAGAGUUAGAAACCUAUAUCGUUGACUGUGAUUUAAGACGGAGUAAAGAAAAUAUCAGCUUUAAUUUUGCUAAGGGGGUUAAUGUUACUGCACCAUUGUCCGAUUUUAUCAUCACUGUAAAACAAUACAAUGCACCAAAUAAGAGAUCUGAAGAAAAUACUUGUAUUUUUAGUAUUUUUGAUGAUGAAGGGUAUCCUUCAAUGGGGGAUGAUUUCUUAAGAAAUGCUUAUUUGUAUUAUAAUUUGGAAGGCAACACUGUUGGAAUAGCACCAGUUAAAUUUACCAAAAAGAGUUCGAUUCAAAAUUCCUCAUUUGGUUUAGGCACUCUAGGAAUCGCGUCUUAUUUCUGGAAUUUUGGCAAAUCAUCAAGUUCUCCAUCAUCAUCUUCUACAUCCAACCUGCCACCACCAAGCUCUUCAUCAAACUUACCAGGUCCAUCCAAAUCCAAUGGAAGCACUGGAUUAUUUGAUCCAUCAUCAAUCAACCCUGAAGCGUUCUACAAAUAUGGGUUCCCUGGCCCUGUCCAUGAUUUAGCGAGUCAUUCUGAGUUUGUUAGUUGUUAUGAUAGAUCGAAACGCAAUCCAUAUUGGGUGAUUGAGCAUCUUACAAAACAGUCAAUCACACGUAACUCAGAUUCAGGCGAUCGCAAAAAAUCAAUAUUUAAAGAAGAUGAAUCAAUUCCCGUCAAGUUUAGGAAUAAAUUGCGUGAUUAUUUCCGCAGUGGAUAUGAUAGAGGACAUCAAGCACCAGCCGCUGAUGCCAAAUAUAACCAAUUAGCCAUGGAUGAAACUUUCUUAUUGACUAAUAUUUCACCACAAGUUGGUGACGGAUUCAACCGUGAUUAUUGGAGUCAUUUUGAAGAUUUUGUUCGCAGAUUAACCAAUUCUUAUGACAAUGUCAGAGUCAUGACUGGUCCAUUGUAUUUACCUAAAUUGAUGCCUGAUGGGAAAUAUAGAGUCACUUAUGAGGUUAUUGGAUCGCCUCCAAACAUUGCUGUUCCAACGCAUUUUUUCAAAUUGAUUGUUGGCGAAAGAAAUGGUGAUGACAAGAUAAGUUGUGCUGCGUUUGUGUUACCCAAUGAUGUGAUUGAGAACAGGACACCCUUGACUAGUUUCCAAGUACCGAUAGAUGCAUUGGAAAUUUCGACUGGGUUGGAGUUGUUGCAAAAAGUGCCUUAUUUUAAAAAGAAGGAUUUGUGCAAGGAAGUGAAAUGUGAGAUUAUAGUACGCGAGUUUCCUAAACAAGUGAGUAAUGUGUUGGCCUUGCCCAGUGGGAAAUAG